GGGAGUGGAGGGGCGGGCCGCGACCAUUUUUAAUGUAUUUUAUUAAAGGCAGGAAGGCAGGCAGGCAGGCAGGAAGAAGGGGAUCGCGACCACGCGUGGGAGGACGGGGCCGCUCUCGUGGCCAGGUUUAUUACAAAAUUCUGAAGAGGCAGUUUCCUAGAAGCUAAAAUUGAGAGGCUUCUCUACAAGGCACCACAGUCAAGAUUCCCAGUCAGGAAAAAAGACAGACAAAUAGAACUGUGCUACUAAUUUGAAGGUUUCUACUGAACUAUUACUCCAGUAACAACUACAUCAGUGCCAUUGUGAAAAUAUAUCCAGAUAAUGUCCAAACAUGUAGAUAAAGCAUGUGGUCAAUGCAAAAUGGCUGUUUGACACCAGUAGAAAUCCAAAAGGAGGUGGUCUUCAUCUUAAUAUGAUGCCAUGAAGCUUUUUAGAGCCCAGACAUUUUAACUGUAAAAGGUUACUGAGCAGAUCACAAAUGGUGUGGAUUUUUAUCAUGAACCGGAUGAAUCCGCAAGGCAGUUCUCCCAGUCAGCGUAGACGAAUGGCCCUUGGAAUUGUCAUUCUUCUCCUGGUUGACAUUAUAUGGGUUGCUUCUUCUGAACUCACUUCAUAUGUUUUCUCUACGUAUAACAAGCCAUUCUUCAGCACAUUUGCGAAAACAUCCAUGUUUGUUCUUUACCUCCUGGGAUUUAUUGUUUGGAAACCAUGGAGGCAACAGUGUACACGUGGGCUUCGUGGCAGGCAUGCAGCUUUUUUUGCAGAUGCCGAAGGUUAUUUUGCUGCUUGUACAACUGAUAACUCUGUAAACAGUUCUUUGAGUGAACCUUUAUAUGUUCCUGUAAAGUUUAAUGACUUGCCAACUGAAAAAAAUAGCAACACUAAUAGUGAUAAUGAAAAAACUCCCAAAAAGCCUCGGGUACGAUUCAGUAAUAUUAUGGAGAUUCGACAACUCCCAUCAAAUCAUGCAUUGGAAGCAAAGCUGUCUCGUAUGUCUUAUCCAACAGUAAAGGAACAGGAUUCAAUAUUGAAAGCUGUAGGGAAGCUUACUGCAUCACAAGUUGCCAAAAUCAGCUUUUUCUUCUGUUUUGUGUGGUUCUUGGCAAACUUCUCUUAUCAAGAAGCGCUUUCAGACACCCAAGUGGCCAUAGUUAAUAUUCUCUCUUCAACCUCUGGAUUAUUUACCUUAAUCCUAGCUGCAGUGUUUCCAAGUAACAGUGGAGACAGAUUUACGCUUUCAAAAUUGUUAGCUGUUGUUUUAAGCAUUGGAGGAGUUGUCCUUGUAAAUCUAUCUGGCUCUGAAAAGUCUGCUGGAAGAGAUACAAUAGGGUCCUUGUGGUCUCUUGUGGGAGCUAUGCUGUAUGCAAUCUACAUUGUUAUGAUAAAAAGAAAAGUAGACAGAGAAGACAAGCUUGAUAUUCCAAUGUUUUUUGGUUUUGUAGGUUUGUUUAAUUUGCUGCUGCUGUGGCCAGGUUUCUUCCUACUACACUAUACUGGAUUUGAGGCCUUUGAAUUUCCCAGUAAAUUAGUCCUUAUGUGCAUUGUCAUCAAUGGCCUUGUUGGGACCGUUCUGUCCGAAUUCCUCUGGUUGUGGGGCUGCUUCCUUACCUCAUCACUGAUAGGCACACUUGCCCUGAGCCUUACAAUACCUCUGUCCAUAAUAGCUGACAUGUGUAUGCAAAAGGUCCAGUUUUCUUGGUUAUUUUUUGCUGGAGCAAUUCCUGUGUUUUUUUCAUUUUUCAUUGCAACGCUGUUAUGCCACUACAACAACUGGGAUCCAGUAAUGGUGGGAAUUAGAAGAGUUUUUGUAUUCAUUUGCCGAAAACAUCGCAUUCAGAGAUCAUCUGAAGAAAAUGAGCAAUGUGAAAGUCUUAUUGCAAUGCACAAUGUUUCUCAAGAAGAUGGAGAAAGUGGUUGUCCUUAGGCAACAGCGCAUAAGAUGGAUUGAUAACUCAGCGAAGAGACAAUCUCCUGGAGAGUCCUUAUGGAAUCAUGUUUCAGUGCCUCUUCUGAAUCUUUAAAUGUUUCAGUUCUUUUGAAACUUAAAAUAUACUCUCAUUCUCUCUAUUCCCAAUCUCCAAUCGGUUUUAUUAAAGAGCUUCAUUACUGCAGGAAAUUCCAGUCUCUUUACAAAGCCAGCCUGCCUUACAGAACUCAGCUGGUGAAAUUACUUGAUGCAAUCAAGAAAGUGAAUGCUGUUCUAGUGACAUUUUAAAGCUUUCCUAUUUUUGUUAAGUGCUGGAUAUUUUUACAAAUACUUUUCAAAAUCUGUAAAAAAAAGUGUGAAUCAUAAUUUUGUACAAACUUUAAAAUGAAAAUCUAAAAUGUACUAGAAACUUGUAAAAAUCACCAUUGUAUGCUGUAUAGUCUAUUUGAAAAAUAACAAAAGGAAAGAAAAUUAUUUUAAUUUAUUGAAUAACUUCACUAUUGUUGAAGUUAUUAUGGGUCCCCAAUAUUACACAUUUUGUCUAAUCUAUAUGAGAGACCUGUUAUUCUGUGGGUUGUCUGCUGCUUUAAAUAUCCAUCAUGUUCUGAUAAAUUCAAGACUUUUAAGAAGUAGCAAUGUAACAGAUAAAUAACAUCAUCUAAGUAUAUUAGAAUCCAGUAACAGUUGAUGCAGAACCAAAUUAUUUCAUGUUGGAAUUGAAAACAAAAUAAUGCUCUGGGUUUAAAUACUGAAGACAGGAGGAAAAAAUUCUAAACUUGGAUCAAUAGAACGUGGGCUGAAUUAUAUGACGAGGAAGUUCUCGAAUUUAUUUUCCUCCCGAAUUUUUUUUUAAAAAAAAACAAAAACCAACCACAAUAGAUUGAAUUGGGAAUGAGUGUCUGGAGUUGCAUCGUCUCCCUUUCCUUGUUUAUCUGCUCAGCACUGUCACCUUCCUACAAACUGUUUGUCCUUCUGAAGUGGAAAGUAUACAGGAUCACACUUGUAGGUCAGCUCUGGGACCAAAGAGUUUAUCAUAUGCUGGGAUCUUUUGAGGCAAAGUUUUGCCUCUCAACCAAAGCACCAUGUCUGCAUGACAGCUGAGUUUUAUACUUGCAAGAUUUUUAAUGUAGACUAUAGUAGGAUGGUUAGUUUUCAAAUGGUGAGGGCAGAAAUCCUGGUACUCCUAAAUGAAUAUUUGCUCACAUCUAAAGAAAAAAUAAUUAAGGUGGCAGUUUGGAAAUAGAAAAAAACAUUAUACACAGGGAAUACAUUCUGGGAUAGAAAAGAAUUUCCAAUCUCUAUAGAUAUAAAAUGCUGCUGAAGUAUACCUUUAUAAUGUUUUUCCAAGUUCUGGUUGACUUGAUGGUGCCACAUAUUUAAAAAAAAACCAGUCCAGAAAGGCAAAAUAAUUUUGGUGUCACAACCACUGAUUUUCCAGCCAAGGAAAAAAAUCUGUCGUGGUAGCUUUCUGCAUAGAGAGAGAGAGAAAAAAAUGGCUACUAGUCAUAAGGGUUUAAUACUAUAGUCAGUGUGCUGACUUUUGCAGAUUUUAUUAGUCACAGAUUUGAUUAAACUUUCUCUUUGGGUAUCCAUGUCCUCCAGUUUAUGGAUAACUGUUAAAGAAGAAUCUAGAUCACACCUGCACAAGCUGUGGCCCUCCAGGUGUUUUGAACUUCAGCUCCCAGAAUUCAUGACUAUUGGACAAGCUGACUAAGGCUUCUGGAGUUAGAGUCCCAAACACCUGGAGGGCCACAGGAUGUGCAUGCCUGAUCCAGAGAUUCCUAGAGAGAACAUCUCUUUAGGAAUCAAGGUCCUCCAAUGUGAUUCUAUGGUAGGCUUCCACAGAAUCACAUUGGAAGACCUAGGAAUUACUACAGAGGUGUCCUCCCAGAAAAAAAAGGAAAACUUUGUGUGUGUGGUUUUUGUUUUGUUUUGUUUUUGUUUGUUUUUUUGUUUGUUUUUUUUUUUCUUUCACAGAGGUCCUGUGCUAACCCUAGCAAAUAUUAAGGGCUGACCAUACUUCCAGGAUCAGAGACAGCAAAGUUCAGAAUACCAUUUGCAAGAAAAUAAUAGUACUAGAGUGCCAUUUCCUUUUUUGUCCUACCUGUGGACUUCUCAAAAGUAUUUGGCUAGUCACGUUGGGAUGCUGAACUUGAUAGCACUUUGGUUUGGUGAUUCCUGUGCAAUAAAUCCAAAUGCAGACGAGGCCUUCCAAAUUGUAGAGGUCACUAUUGAAUCUAGUCCUUACGCUGUGCUCUUAUGCAGGCAUAUUUGGAAGUCAGCUCUGUUAAGGAAAAUGUAAAUUUCUGAAUAAACAUGCUCAAGAUGCAGUGCAUGUUUAAAAUGUUGACACUAAAGCAGUGCUGUACAAUUCACAAAAGCCUUUUAGAAUUGUUUCAUAUACAGAUAGACUUCAUGAGUUUAUUGUGCUGGCCUAACGCCACGACAAACAGAAUGGUUAAAUACAAUAAUUUUCUUUAUUAAUUUAACACCACUGGUUAAAAUUCAUUAGGAAUACAAAAGUAAUAUGUCUUGGAAAUUUAGAAACUACGAAAUGAAUAUAUGACUUGGCAUUAAUUAUAUUUUAAAGGGAAGGAACCCUAUUCUAUUGUGGGUUUCUACUAGUGAAAGAGGAAGAGCUGCUUUAAUGACUGCCACCAGGCUAUUUCUUUUGCUGGUCCAAAGAAUCGAUAACCUUCACAAAGUUGGGAGGGAAAAUGUUAAAAUGGCCCUUCCCCCAUCUACUCCCAUUGGAUAGACUUCCUCACAAAGGAACGUCAAGUAGAGCCCUUUUUUGCAAGAGCUAGGAUGGUCAAAGUGCAACUCUACAAGUCCCCCUUUGAACUGUAACUCCCAGGAUUCCUCAUUACUGUCUCUGCUAUCUGGUGCUGUUGGGAAAUGCAGUUGAACAAAUUCUGGAGUGCUAUAUAGUUAAUCGCUCUGUAAUAAGAGCAACUGCUUUCCUUUAUGGUGAAAAUGCCCAAACAGUGGAUUGUCUGAGUGCAAUAAGAUAAAACAAGAACAAAAGGCAACAGUCAUGUUAGUUCAGGAAUGGCCGACUUUGGAUUGGCUUUUUUUGUCCCCUUCACCAAAUAUAGCGCUACUUAGAAUGAAAAUAUUCCUAGUUAUGACUGGCCAUAUUAGAAUGAUACCAUAUGCAGACUUAAAAAAAAAAUAUCUGAGUGGCUAUCAGGCAUCACAAUUGCCAUGCCAACUUCACUGGAGAAGUAAGUGAUUUCUGAUCUUCUGAUUAGAUUGAUUUGUGACUUGACCUUGGAUAAAAUUCUGACAUUGGCAGGAGCAAGGUUUUUCUUCAAUAAGUUGACUAAAUUGCUUUAGAAGGGGGAAUUUGCUUGAAAGAUUCUGAGCUUGGGCCCCACUGGAGGUUAAAGAAGAAGCUGUUAACACAGCAGACAGAUGAAAGAGAAAGCAAUAAUAAUGAUUAGCUUCAUUAUUGCUCUGCUCUUUGAUUGAGGGCAUCAGUCAAACUUGGUUAGUAAAAGGUGAUGGCUGAAUUGCAUUUUCAUAGCAACUGCAGCAGUAAUUUGGUGGUGUGUAUAGUAAUGUGCCUCCUGUGGCUUAUUCUCCUUUCAAGUAAGCAAGCUGCGGUCUUUGUUGAGGAGAAAAAUGCUUUUCUAUUUUCAGCCACCCAAGGUGCACAAAAUUCAGCACUCGGCUAAAAGUUACCACCUGGUGAAGUUCAUAGGAUCUGUCUGCCAGAAUAGAAACAAAUUAGUCCUCUUCUUUCAAUUCCCUCUUGCCCAUGUCUACCAAAGCGGAGGCUGAAAUUAGCGCCACAGAGGAGAAGGAUACCCCUUGAUACAAUCAAUCGUAUUUUUCAAUAGUGAUGGAUGUAUCAGGAAUCUAUUCUUACCUUUAUUUUACUCUCAAAGACAAUAAAUCCUUAGAUUUUGGUAUCCUAAAGGGGGGAUAGAUUUAAAAAAAAUGCUUGAACCAAGUACCAAGUUACAAACAUAUCUUUUUUUUAUUUGGCUCAUUACUGUCCAACAGUACUAUUAAAUGAUGAAUGUUUCAGCAAGCCUCUCUAGGUCUCAUUAUGAUUGGGAAAACGUUCAGAAAGGUCAACAUGGAAACAACAACAGGUUUUGCAAUUAUUUUCCUGGCCAUUAUUAUUUAGCAGAGAGACAAACACAUUUAAAAACUUCAAUUUUUAAUGGAAACAAAACAACAGACAUUGCAAUUAUUUUUCUGACCAUUGUUGAGCAAGAUACAAACACAUUUAAAAAUUAAACUUUAAAUUGUGACUUUUUUCAAUGUACAUGUGAACGUAUGAAUUUCUGAACAUAUGCAAUAUAUACCGUGGAUCCAACUGGAUAAAAUGUGAUGAAAUUUUUCUACAUUAAAUAUGGAUUUUUGAAAAAAA